AUGAUUUCUCAACCCAAGGUCUUCACACUACCCUUUACGGACCAAGUAAUCCAGCGUGUUGAAGCUUGGGCUGCUGCCAAAGGUGUUACUUCUGUCAAGUUCUUUGAGAAGAAGCGAGAUUUGGAGACAUUUCAAGAUGGCGAUCAAAUUGCAGGAGUGGAUGAUACCAAACAAGGUUACUUCAAAGAAGCCUUUGAUCAGGACUGUGAGCCUGGAGAUACACUGAUCAUGUGGGCUUCAAAGAUGCAAACAACUAUUGACUUGGGUACUACAGAAGCUGAGUACCUUGCUCUCUCUCUCUUUGGCACUUUUGUGAGAAUAAUGUUUACAAUUGAUUUGAUUCCAGGAUUGCAGACUAAUCUUGUAAAUACGUGUACUUGA